AUUCCUACUGUAAAACUCCCUAACAGUGCUGAGAUGCCAAUUAUCGGUCUAGGGACGUGGAAGUCAAAGGCCGGGGAAGUCGAAAAUGCAGUGAGUGUUGCUAUAGAAACCGGUUAUCGUCAUAUCGACUGUGCAUAUUGCUAUGAAAACGAGAAUGAAGUUGGUGCAGGCAUCAAGAAAAAAAUUGAUGAUGGAACCGUCAAACGAGAGGAUCUUUUCAUAGUUAGUAAACUUUGGAACGUCUUCCACCGGCCAGAUUUGGUAAGAGGUGCAGUUGACGAAUCAUUAAAAAGUUUGGGAGUAAAGUAUCUCGAUCUUUACCUCAUACACUGGCCAUAUGGCUAUAAGGAAGGACUUGGUAAUCUUCCCAAAGAUGAGGCUGGUAAUGUCUUAUACUCAGACGUUAACUACCUGGACACUUGGAAGGUUCUGGAGGAAUUGGUUGACGAAGGGAUACUAAAAGCAAUAGGUCUCUCGAACUUCAACAGUGUACAGAUUCAAGACGUAAUCGAUAAUUCGAGGAUCAAACCAGCGAAUCUUCAGGUCGAAUGUCAUCCAUAUCAUAAUCAAGCAAAACUGCUAGCCUUCUGCUUUGAGCGAAAUAUAACAUUUACAGCAUACAGUCCAUUCGCUUCACCCGACCGACCUUGGGCAAAGCCUGGCGAGCUUCUAUUGAUUGACGACCCAAGACUGAAGGCAAUAGCUGAGAAAUACAGCAAAACUCCCGCUCAGGUUGUACUGAGAUACCAAGUGCAGAGACAAGUUGUUGUCAUUCCUAAAAGUGUUACACCAGCAAGGAUACAGGCAAACUUUCAGAUAUUUGAUUUUGAGUUGAGUGCCGGGGACGUUGCUGCUAUAGAUGCCUUCAAUAUUAACCAGCGGUUCUUGGUUCAGCCAGUGGAACGUGAGGGAAAAAUGGUUUACAGAGACGCUGCCCACAAAUAUUUUCCAUUCAACAUUGAGUUCUAAAGAGGAUCAAUAUUAUCAACGCGCCUAUGACACCAGAUAGUCAACUUUUAUAUGCAACCAGCACACUAACAGGGUAUUCUUGGUUUUCAAACAAUUUGUGGAUCAAUAAUCCUAUCAUUAUCAGUAUUGUAUAUAGUACAAAUAGAUGGCGAUGGCAUCAUUUUCUCCACUGAUAUUAGAAAUAAUGAACUAGUUUCAGUAGCUCUUCUUUAGCAGGCCCGUAUUCAGCUUUUGCCAAGGGAGGGGGGGGGGGGGUCGCUUUUUAAAAAAUCCCAGUGUUGGGUGCUCGCAUUUGACUUUUUUGGGACAAAAAAAAAUGGCCAAAACCAGCUGGAAAAUUUCAAAAUUGUGAAAAACUA